ACGACAUCUAAAUUAUGAGUGAGCGGGCGUCUUAUGAGAUGAAUACGACUCACCUAGAGGGUAAAAUGUCAAAAUCUCGGAGACACCAGCAAUGGCACCGGCGGCGAAAUUCGCAACGAAAGGGAGUGCUAUAGUUUAUUCUGUCAGUAAGGUCUCAAGUACGGCGCCUAGUAUGGUACAAGUUGCCUAACUCACGUUUCCGCUGAUCCGUAGCCAUUAUACUUAGUUUUGGUCGAUAAGGAUGAAGUCAAGAAGGAAAAGGGAUCCGUUCAAGAGUUCGGCACAGAAUCGGACGAGAAUCGGACGUAAAACGCGACAGAAUACGGCACGCCCGAACCGUUCAAAAUUCAGGAAUCAGAAUUGCCUCUCUGCUCGUGACCAUUGACAUGUGACAGCGUGACAUUCUGUGACCAAACCUUGCCUUACUGAUGGACUUCAUCAACUUACGAGCACGCGCGUUACUCAUGCGAGGAUGGUAUACAUCGCCUCCUGGCAAGAGUUUCAGGAAGCAGCUGAAAACCUUUACACAAAAUCUCCCAACAAAGUUUUUCUUUUCAACAUCUAUCGCUGUCUGACGCUGAUGAUGUCCCCACAGGCUCGAUAUUGUGUGAAAUGGAGAUCAUCAGAGGGCAAGCUCGUCCUGAAGAUUACAGAUGAUACGACAUGCAUAAAGUUCAAAACUUACUCCUCAAUCUUCCUCAAUCGAUUCGAGGCUCUGAACCUAUCACUAAUGCAGAAAAUGCAAAAUAAACGCCCUACACCAAUCGUACAUGCUCUAGGUGUGCCUGAUACCACUAGGGACGCAGACCAGACGCGCUCGUCGUCUCCGUUCGUUGCACAACCUGCGGGUCCUGCAGCUGGGGGUGUUAAGAAGAAAAAGCCAAAGAAGAAGAAGUAGGAGCAACAUUGCUAUGCGGCUUCUGUGGUUUUAUGGGAGCAUAAUCUCCCGAGGUGGAGCGAACAUGCGCAGUUAUUACCAGAGCGAGACCAUCGUUUAUAGAUCUGAUUUGUCAAUAAGCCGUUGUUCGUUUGAAUGGCGCAAGGCCCCAAUGCCCGAUCGAUCAUGAAAUGUUCAUCACCGCUACCUUGUU